AUCGAUUAUCAUACUUGAUAGCUGUAUUGGCGCUCUUUCUCGUUGACGGCAUUUCAUUUUCUGCCGAAAUAGGCUGUUUGUUGAACGUUAAUUAACUGAGAAGUUAUUAUGGAUGCCUUUGAUCCACGCUCGAUUAUCAACGGCGGCAUGCUGAAGCAGUUUUCCGGCCAAACCGUGAGCAUAAUGGUUCGCGUUGAAAGCGUCGCGGGAUCCACUUUGUUGGCCAGUUCCACGGACAACCACAAGCUGAAGAUCAAUCUGCCGGGAGAACUGGGCGCCGCCGAAGGAGCCUGGGUGGAGGUCAUUGGAGUGCCCCAUGGCGCGGACACCCUCAGGGCCAAAGAGGUCAUUGAGUUUGGCGGCGAGAACAUCGACUUCGAUAAGGAUGGCUAUAAUGGGUUGAGCCACCUGAUUAACAAUGUCAAGGCCUUCUAUCGCAGCGGCUAGGAUGUCCACAAUUAUAUCUAAGAAUUAAUAUUAUACACUCUAAUGUUAUUUUUCUCAUUUUCUUGGAGAACACCCAGAGCUGGCAUAAACUUUAAAUAUAAAGCAUCUACAUA